CACAGGGUGGGGCUUUUAAAUUUGAGUUGUCAGAGAAGCCAUUUGUAGUUCUGGAGGCUGGAGUGACUGAUUGUUCUGUAGACAAAAUGGCAGAAGUUCACGAUAUCUUAUCCCAAGUGUGCCUGGGCACAGAUGAUCUUUCUGAUGGAGCCACAGUGAAACCAGCUGUUAAUUUCAAUGCAGAAAAUGAAGCUGUGGAGCUGGAACGGGCUAUUAAAGUCAAAGGUGUGGAUGAGCAUUCUAUCAUCGAUGUAUUGACGAAGUGUAGCAAUGCACAACGACAGGACAUUGCCUUUUGUUACGAAAGGAGAACAAAGCAGAAACUGGAGGAUAAACUGCACUCUGCUCUCUCUGAUCCUCUGCGAUCUGUCAUCCUGGGGUUGCUGAAGACUCCAGUCAAAUACGAUGCCUCUGAAGUGCGAGGUGCAGUUAAGGGUUUGGGAACCAAUGAAGCCACUCUGAUUGAGAUCCUGUGCUCUCGCACAAACAAGGAAAUCCAGGAUAUGAAUGUGACCUACCAAGAGGUUUACAAGAAAGAUAUGAUUAAGGACAUCAAGGAGGAUACUUCUGGAGAUUUCUGCAAGCUUCUUUGUGCCCUAGCAAAGGGAAACCGUCCAGAGCCCUCCAACGUGGUCGAUAAUGAGCAGAUUGAUGAGGAUGCACGGGCCCUCUAUGAAGCUGGAGUGAAGAACCGUGGAACCGAUGUGAAAACAUGGAUGUCUAUAAUGACUGAGAGGAGCAUUCCUCACCUGCAGAGAGUUUUCGGCCGAUAUAAAACCUACAGCUGCUACGAUAUGUUGGAAAGCAUUGAUCGCGAGGUCAAGAAAGAUCUAAAAAAUAACUUUUUAGGCCUGGUGCAGUGUAUCCUGAACACUCCGGAAUUUUUUGCAGACAAGUUAUCCCAAAUGCAGGGAGGUUUGAAGAAGGAUGUUUUGACAAGGAUCAUGGUGUCUCGCUCAGAAAUUGACCUGCUCUACAUCAGGAAAGAGUUUAAGAAGAAGACUGGAAAAUCCCUGCAGCAAUUUAUUAUUCCUGGAGGCUGGCAGGUGAAGGAGGAGGCCUCCGGUGGCAGCAGCAGCGAUGCCAGGACGAGUUGGACACGACCACCACACCAGCCCUGGGUCUCCUGGCAAUCGGGGAGCAGGUCUCAGGCUGACUCCCCUGGCCUGGACUCGCAGGCUGAGCCAAGGUUCCAGGUCCACGACUAG